GAGGCUCGGCAGGGUACAAAUAUGGCGGUGACCUGGCCUGUGGCGACACUUGGUGGCCGACCAGCGAGUAUGGAUCAUCAGCGAUUUGUCGACAUGAAGAGCUACUUCGCUUUCGUAUUUGCAGCUGUCGCUCUCUUCGCCGUCGCAAAGGCAGACCCUGCGAAGCUGAAACAAGCUGUAGAAAAGUGCAAGGCAUCUGAAAACCUAGAUAGUUUGGAUGGAAUCAAGGCUAACAGACAACCCUUCACCAAUGAAGAGAAGUGCUUUCUUGGCUGUAUGACACUGGAUAUGAAAUUUCUCUCUGCAGAUGGACAGUACGAUGCUGCUAACACUAAACAAAUGAUAAACAACUGUGAACACCUUAAGGACAAGCCUGAUGAAAAGAGUGCUGCUUUGGCAGUGGCAGAUGACUGUGGCAAAACAGUUACUGGCUGCAAUGGCUACUGUGAGUGUGGUCCCAUGACUGUUGGCUGCUUGAUUAAGGGUAUGAUGGCUAAAGGCUAUGAGGAUUCAUUUGCCAGAAUUGACAAAGUAUUACAAAAACUUGAUGGAUAGUGUCCUUUAUUAUGCAGUGAGUACAUGGACAGAGAAAAAUUUCGUGUACCGAAAUAUGGAGAAAGAAUCUUCAAAGAAAAUGUGACUGGAUGAAGAUUAAAAGAUAGCAAAUUUUUGUCUAAAUAUUUUGAUAAGUGCUGAUGUAAUAUUACACGAGACCAAAAAUGUAAUUCUCUAUCAGACACGUCUAUUUUAUAUAAGCAAUUCAUGCUUACAUGUACCUACAUUGUAAAAAAGUAAUAAAUGAACAAUAGAGUCACUUGCUUUGAGGAAUUCAGUUUUUAGAGCUCAUCUAUAAUUAAUUUUUAAAUAUUAACACACAAAUAUCUAGUAAUAUGGUUUCCUACACAUUUGUUGAACGUACAAAUAUAUAAGAAAUAACUGCCAUUAAAUACUUAUAAUGAUGACUUGGAAACACAAGUUUGUCUGAUGACUCAACUUGCAAUGAAACUAGAAAAAUAUAAAUCCCUAUAUCCAGCUGAAAUAUUCAGCACAUGUAUAAAUAAUGGGGGACACAAUCAAAAUGCACAUGUUUGCCUUCAAUGUAAUCUCCAUUGGCAGCAAUAAACUUUGAGAAACAUA